UUAUAACCCAAAAAUCAAAGUGGCCAAUCCAAUCCUUAUGUUAGUUUGGUUCUCAUAAGCCAGCCAGAGUUUCUGCAUAUUCAACAAGCCCUUGUUCAUUUCUCACAGACAUGAAGUCUAUAGACUUGUUAUGCGCCUCUCCAGCUUCCACAGCUAUAUGCUCCAGCACGGAUCUUCGUGCCAUGGUCCGUAGCCAUGGCACGAGAUCCGUGGACCGUCGUAGACAUCACUACAUGAGUGAUCACUAUCCAAGAAAAUCCAGGAACAAUGUUCCUGUCAUUCCUUGCUCUUCACAGCUGCCUAGCAUUCCUUCUUCGUACUAUCAGAAGAGCAGGAAAAGCGCUUCUGAUCACUCUUCUGCUGCUCGAGGUGAUCGAGAGCUACGGAGAAAAAGCUCCACUGAUAUUAUUAAUGAUCUAGCAACCACAACUCCUUAUGGAUCUUCUAGGUAUCUUUUGAGUGACAGGCCUUUUGAUGAACUCUUACCGCAGACAGAUAAUGCAUUGGCAUUGGUUCCUAGUGAGCCUGUAGCGCCUCGACGCGUAGGAGAGAAUGAUUCUGCAUUGGUUUCUGGCAAUCAGGAUCCACGGCCCCGUGCCAGAACAGGCUCUAAUGACAGUCUUGUUCUAACAUCUAAUAUUACCAAGCAGAAGCAGCUGGUGCUUAGCCAGCCUGCACGCAGACACGAAUCUUCUGCUCAUAAAUCUUCGUCGGCUCGGUCUCAGACCCGUCACCAGGUGGUGGAGCUUAUGGUGUCGAUUCAUUGCAAGGGAUGUGAAGGGAAAGUGAGAAAACAUAUUUCCAGAAUGGAAGGAGUGAGUUCAUUCAGUAUUGAUAGAGCAACAAAGAAAGUGAUAGUGAUCGGAGAAGUAACACCCUUUGGAGUACUUUCAAGCAUUUCAAAAGUGAAGAAUGCUCAGUUCUGGCCCUGUCCAACUUCUUUAUCUUCUUCCUAGUCUCCCUAACAACUUAUUUCUUUGCUUGUUCUGAGAUUUGGAUUCAGUGUUAAUUCUGUCCGUAAAAUGUUUAUGUAUAUCUGAGAUUAUACUUUUUUAUAUGAAUCUUUUACUCUCUUUUUUCUUUCCA